AUGCGUGGCGUACUAUGUGUGUGGCUGAGCGUGCUUGUAACUGGCAUACUUGGUACAGGCUUCGCAUCCACAUCCAAGGCAGAGAUACAGGAUAUAAAUCUUGUGGAUCUCAUCAGCACAUACCCUGAACUUUCAGCAUUCACGCGGCAUUUACAACGCACGCGCCUUAUACCUACGUUAAACCGGAUUCAGACUUAUGAUGCGAAUUCCACAGGCGUUACCAUUUUCGCACCCACAAAUGCCGCAUUUGAUAAUGCAAAAAUAGGCCAUGAGAGUUUUUGGAUGGAUGAGCUGCCCUCCCAUUCAGAUAAUGUUCAAGCGCCGCUUCGGCAGCAACUGUUGUAUCAUAUCUUAAACCACACGGUGUCACUCACGGAGUCAAAUGCGACAUAUCUGGAGACUCUUUAUUUUCCAUCAAGAAAGCGUCUUGCUGAGCCUACACACCCUGGGAAUAUUCCACAAAAACCUUUCACCCCGAGUCAUCCUGGUGCGGAAGACAAAGGCGGUCUUCUCGGUGGCUCAGGACAAAUGCUUCGGGUAGAACGAUCAACUAAUGGGUCCAUCUUGCAUGUGGGGUCGGAUGCCAAUGGCAGUCACGGCGCUAAUGUCAUACAUGUCGAUCAAAGUUCACCUUAUGGCGAUUUGUACGUUAUCGACCGUGUUUUGGAUCUCCCGCCAUCAUUGGAUGUGUUUCUGCGUGAACAGAAAGCUUGUGCUCUAUUCCAACAUAUGCCUAGCGAUAUUCUUCAUUCUUUGGCUUUGACUGCACACCUGACCAUAUUUUUGCCGUCAGACCGUGCAUGGAAUCGCCUGCAUUCUCUUGAACAAGCAUAUUUACUGGGGCCAUCGCCGCAAGCUCAAGAUGACCGUCUACGCGUUUUUGGAUGGCACGCUUCCAGCACAGGCAUCCACGACGGGCAUGUAGCAUAUGCUUCUUCAUUACGCUCUGCGCCCCAUGCACAAUUUACGACUAUUCUUGGAGGCGACAUACACGUUUCCCGCGCGGAGAAUAACUCUCUUUUCGUAAAUGGCAUGCCAAUCAUUCAAGAGGAUCUUUUGACGGAGAACGGUGUUGUACAUAUUCUUGAUGGUAUGCUCCUUCCCCACGGGGAUCUGGGUAUGACACCUGAACAAUAUUUACUCGCCCUGAAUGCUACGAAAUUUGUGUCUCUUAUAAGACAAGCGGGACUCGAAUCAUAUAUUAGCCAGGAUCCACAUAAAGUGCCGCCAGAUUCGAAAUCUGGUCCUUUUACGUUUCUUGUUCCCUCCAACGAAGCUUUAGAAAGAUGGGAUGCACAAUUCAACAACCUGUCGAAAAAGAAAGCACUCAAGUUUGGGACGCUGCUUCGUGAAAUGUUGUUGUAUCACAUUUUACCUGGGCAUCAGCGGGCACUUCACAACUCUUCGCUACCUGUAACAGAGCUACGUCCAUCGGGCCUUAGUGGUGCUGCGCAACGUAUGCGUGUUCACAUCCUAGACAACGGUACUGUCUUAUUUGGAGAAAACAGCGUUUCAAGGAAAUCGAUUUUUUUAAACAGCACGACGCUAUACUUGCUGGAUGAUAUGGUUGAGAUGCCCAAAGACCCUGUACAGACAGCCUCUGAAGCAUCACUCUCUACGUAUGUUGAGGCACUUUAUAAAGUGCAAAUGGAUAAAAAUGUGCGGCAAGCACCUUACAUGACCUACAUCGUGCCCAGCGACUUUGCCUUCGAAUCGGCAGGGCUUGUGUCCAAGUACUUGCUGAGUAGCGCCAAUACCAAGUUGAGUCAUGUGCUCUCGUCCCAGGUACUCAAUGGUGCGUGGUACGGUGCAGUAUUACGGGACAAGUGGACGCAGAUUUCUACUCAGGACGGAUCCUUUUUGUGGAUGCGACGUGAUGCUGUAUCGUCUGACACGGUGGUGCGCACGAAUAGCUCGGAUUUGGAUAUCCACGUUACUCGACCUGAUCUUCUGACAGACACCGGUGUCAUGCAUGUGGUGGACAGACUGACUAUACCUGCUUCGGCGCCCAUAUCACUCUACCAACUGGCACAAAGUGCACCUACAGGCAAAAUGGUAUCAUUGCUACAUCGUGCAGGAUUUGACUGGGUCUGGAACGAAACACACAAACUCGAGGCUGGAGGUACAUGCGGUCGUCAAAAAUUAGUAUUAUUAGUGCCUGAAGACCGCGCCUUUGCCAAACUUAAAUCGCAUGCAUAUGAACACAAUAUGGAGCAGCUGCGGGCCCUGAUGUCUCUUCAUGUGUUGGUGGUAGACGACUGUGCCGCCCAACAGCCAGGUACUGAAGAUGUACCAAUGCCCGUGGUCGAUGAAAUCACGCAUGUUUCCCUCCUUGAUAAAAGCAUGGGUGGUACGAGCCCAUAUGGUACCGUGGCAUUCCGUCGUGUUUCGCCUACCAAUGAGAACCGACUCGGAUAUAUGGUCGGUAUCAAGGGGGCUCGCAGUACACGUGGUAAGGAACAUUCAGCACAUGUUCUAGAAUAUGGACGCACAUCAUGUAUGCAAGUACAUGCGGGUCGCGUUACACCAGGGGGUAUUCUUACAAUUGACACAGUGCUUGAACCUUUCGAAUCAGGGUGGUUUUUCCGUUGGGAUUGGGCAAGAAAAGUAUGCCUCCUAGGUGCCUUGUCCCUUGGUGCCAUCUCUGCAGGAAUAUACACUUGGCAUUGGCGCUGUGGAUAUACACGUGUACAGACCGAAGCACUAGAAGGUGAGGAAGAAUAG